AUAUAUUCUUGUGGGAUGUAUGAGUUUGCAGAGAAGAAUCCACCACCAGCUGAAAUGGAGACAGGAUACGACAUGUGGUUCGGCACAAAAGAAGGGCGACAGGUCCUUAAGCACUUGGCGUGUGUCUGCCUAGCCAUACUCAGCUUCACGGCAUCUUUGGGCUUCAUCUCCUGGGCCCACGGACCAAGCCCUCCAGGUAUGUUUGAGACCACUAAAGAGAAUAUGUCCAAUGCCUUUCCCAUUGAGGUUAGCAUGGACAGAUGGGCAGGCUACAUGGACAUUGCCAUUCCAAUCUUCAGCAUGGUGGUUCUCUAUUUGUCACUUUUCCUGGUCCUCAAAAGUAAUGACUUUGGCCCAGUUUGCUGCAACCCUGAGGUCCACCCUCCCCGGUUCUAUUUGACUUGGCCUGUGAUCUGUGUCACACACAUAGGUGGACUCUUUCUUUGGGAUCGAGGAGAGAUUCUGCAAGCCCUCUGCCUGAGGAUGUUCCCACCCAUGCUAGGCUUUUACAUGCUGUCUGUUUCUUACAACAACUUGCAGCGUUACAGACCGUGGCUCCAUACCACCUCCUCAAAGCUUGCCUGGUUCACCUACUACGCAACACAAAACAGCUUGGCCCUGUCAGCUUGGUGGAGCUUAAUUGAUGCUCUGAUUAAUCUGGGUGUCGUCCUGAAGUACACCGUUGGCCUGCAAGAUCCAAUCGUCAGCUGUGUGGUACUCACACUACUCUUCCUGGCCAUGCUUCUAUGGUUUAUCCUUGAGACCUUUGUGUUCAUGAAUUAUAUCCACUACACUUUCACGGUGUACCCAAUCUUAAUCGUGGGACUGGGAGCAAUGUUUACCAAAGGAUACGUAUUGCUGGACAUGGCACCCAGCACCGUUUACUCUGGAUUCCUAAUGCUGGUGGCGACAGUGAUGAACUGCAUCAUGUUGUGCAGACACUGCUGUGACUCCAGACUUCAGUCCUCGGAUUCUACUCUCAAACUCGCCUUGUCCAGGCCAGAGUACUGCCCAUCAGUGAGCCAGUCAGUAGACAUGCUGGGUAUGCAGGGGGUUCAAAAGGUUCAAAAGGCCUAAGAGUUCAGUGAUUAUGUGUGAUUACACAAAGGGGAGAUGUGUAAUUGUGACCCUGUGGUACUUAUCUUGGGUAAUAUGAGGUCAGUGCCAGGCUGUAAAUCUCUGUAGCGGUUUCCCAUUGGAUAGAUGGGAUACUUUUGCUUACUUGUGUUCCUUUUUGAGAAGCUCAAAAUGAAAGUGAAGAAGAUGCUACUGAAAUACAUUUGGGCAAUUACAUUGUGGCAUAUUAAUGCCAAAUCACAAACCCCCAGUUAGAACCCUGUGACCAUGACAAUGACCCUGACGAUGAGGUGAAGAGAUUGAUACAGCUGCCGUGUUCCGCUCAUUCGUCUUCUAUUUCUAAGUGACCACACAGAUGGUCAGAGAACUGGGUACACAUCAGAGAACAGACAUCAGUGUUGGAAUCAGUUCUUCCUCAUCUCACGAUAUUAUUUCAGUUUGCAUGGUACAGACAAACCUUCAUGGUGUUCAUGAUGAGUCCUUUUACAUAUUAUCUUUGAUCGACUGAACAGGUUUCUCAGAUAGCAAUGAAUGUAAAGUGUUUUUUUUAUUAUUAUUGUUUUUCCUGCUUUGUAAAUUUUGUAUUGUUUUUGAAUGUGUAGUAAAUGCAUAGCCUAAAUGAA